AUGGCCGACAAAAUCCUGAGGCAGAAGAGGAAUUUGUUUAUCCAUUCAGUGGGUGAGGGUACAAUAAAUGCCUUGCUGGAUGACCUAUUAGAGGAUGGAGUCAUUAGCCAGGAGGAGAUGUACAAAGUGAGAUAUGAAAACUGCACAGUCAUGGAUAAGGCUCGAGUCUUGAUUGACCUUGUUAUUGGAAAAGGACACCGAGCUUGCCUAAAAUUUAUCAAGCAUAUCCGUGAUGAAGACCCUGAACUUGCAUGGAAAUUGUAUUUGCCCUCAGCCUAUGUUGUAGUGAAGGAUGGUGUGUCAGGAACUAAAACCAAAACAUUCACUGGACUCUUCAGCCUAGGCAGCUUUGAGCUGGACAGCUUCAUAUUGAAAAUACUCAUAACACGGGAGUCAGUUGUACAGCCAUGA